AUGGUCGCAAUUCGUCAGUUCUUAGAAAAUGUGCUUGCUUCCUUAGAUUCUGAUGUCUCGGACGUCGUCUCGAAACACAACCUUGUCGCUGUCGUCGAAGCUGCCAUCGAUGAGCGCGAAAAUCCCACUAUUUUGCAAGUUGAUGAUGUGACUGCUGAGAAAUUUACCUUUUCUGAUGAGUACACACAUGGCGCUUUGGCAGCUCCAUCUGGAACCCUGUCCUGCUAUGGAAUUGGCAAAACAGACACUCACAGUAUUGCGACAAAUCUUGCAAAGCACCAGUAUGACCCCCGCCGCAGAAUUGACUAUCAAUCGUACACUGAAGUUACGAAGAUGGAGUCUGCAAUGCUCAAAACUGCAACAUAUACCAGCCUCAGACCCACGAGAUCAUCUACCACAUCCUACAGAUCUACGCAAACAUCGGCGAGUUGUUCUGCUAGAUGUCAGAGGUACAGGAACCGCAGAAAAGAUCGACUUACAAAGAUACUCGCGGGUGUAUUCGGAACUAUUUUUGCUCUCGUCUUAAUCAGCUUUUUCUUGGACUAUUUGAGUAAAAGAAGAAGAUUUAAGCGUGUCAUGGGAAAAGUAAGAGAGGUUAAGGAAGCCGGAGCCUCACCAGAUGGUCUUCCAGACUACAACACCGCCAUAAGAACCACCGCAGUGCCAGCUGCCGCUCAAAAUUCACAAUUGGCUGUGAAAACACUUCGGAAGAAGCGAGAAGAUUUGAAGGAUCACUUUGGCUUGGUACAAUAUUUCAGAUAUAUCCGUACCGGUCGAUUGCCUGGAAGCGGUGUCGACGAAUUCUUCGCUGCUGGCUACACCUUGAGCGACGUCAACAGACAUAGUGAUUUCACUAAUCGGCCGAAUGUCAUGCGUCCAAGAAGGGAAAGACCUGUCACUACUUCAAGAAAUAUUUUGCUGGACAGUUCUGGACUCUGGGCCUCCGCGUAUGCUGGUGGUGGUGGUGGUGGUGGUUACUAUGGCGGCGAUGGAGGUGGUUAUUCUGGCGGUGACGGAGGUGGAGGAUGUGGUGGUGGUGGAGGCGGUGAUGGAGGGGGAGGAGGCUGUUGA